AUGCCUGUGGCUACGAGGAGAAUAAGCGAAAGGGGGCGUCAGGGGGAGGAACAUACGUACAAUGGCAUUGAAGACCGAGUCUCCAAGGGCGUCAUGAUGUAUCCUGUGUUUUGUACCGCCAAAAUACCAUCAGAGAUUCUUGACGAGUUUAUCGACGAGUCAUAUGCAGGAAUAAUAGAUACCAUUGGUGAGGACGUCUCUGAUCCUGGCGCGUCUCCAUGUAUUCUUCAAACAACCGACCUAGACUCAAUCACCCACGGCUCCCGCAAGCCAAUGCCAGACUUCGAGUCUCCCUUUCUGAACUGGACGGAUAAACAGGUCCGAGAUUGGGCAACGAAGGAGUCAAGACUUGAGCGCUCCUCUAUUGCAACAAGAACGUUUACUAUUUUUGAUCAAAAUACAAUUAAUAAUAAGGUAUGCCGGGUAGGAUAUAUUAGCAUUUAUAAAGAAGAUACAGAUUCUCGAAUGUUAAACGAAGUAUUUUAUGCGGAUAUAAUGGUAAGGGUCCCUUUAGAAGAGGCCGAGAUAUUCUGGGAAGAAACAUUGUCGGGGGUAGAUGGGGUGUUUGACCGGAACGCGAUUGACGAAGAGCGUGCAAUGGUUGAACAAAGCCGUAAGGAGCUUGAGCAGGGGAAAAGGAAGUAA